GCUUCUCAUUUGUGAUUAUUGCCGUGUUGCCAUUAGGUGACGCACUUCAACAUCUGGUCUAUUUUAUAAGUAAAUACUAGAAGAAUUACCAAAUAAAAUACACAUUAAGCCGUAAUCUUGGCGCUAGUUCAAAACAAAAAUGAACAGCCAUCUGUCCCCAGCACAAGCUGUGACUACUGUCAAAGUGCGCAGACUGUACCAUCAGAAAUAUCGUGAAGAAUGGGAAAGAUUUCCAUCUUUCGCACCUUGGCUUUGUCGAGGCGACGACGGCUAUUCGGCCCACUGUAAAAUAUGCGAUGCGAAUGUUUUAGCGCGUCUCGCAUCCAUUAAACAACACAACAAUGCCGUGAAGCAUCAGAAGGCAAUGCAAUCUUAUAAUCCGGGCCUAAAGAUUGAAAACAUGAAGACCGAGAAUUUGAAGAAUGAGUCCUCGAAACCUGUGCCACAGAAAGCUGUUAUUGUCAAGCCAAAACCAAAAAUUAAACGCAUCAAAGUGGAAAAGAUUGAUCCUACUUCACCUGUUCCUCCUCCAGAAAUGGAUAUGGAGCUAGACAAUUGUUCUAACGAUUCAAUACUGGAGGAUUUGUUGGGCAACGAGGAUGACAUCGAGCCAGAGUAUUUGCAUUCGGUGGGCGAGCAGGUGAUCAACAUAAAACCUGAGACAAUUCAUGAGUUUAAAAUUGACGAAACUAACGAGGAAAAUUUCGAGGACGACAACAUUAUCAGCGAAUUUGAUUUGUUUGGGAAGAGUCUUUCUCUACAACUCAAUCACAUGGAGCUUGAGGAUGCAUUACUUUGUCAGGAGCGACUUCAAGUUGUGUUGACAGAAUUUCGACUCAAGAUUCUAAAGCGUAAAGCAAAACGCAGUUUUUAAUUUUUAUUUAAGGCUAGCAUAUAUUGUACAUAUAUUAAUGUAUGUAUUUUGUUAAAACGCUAAUUAUCUGAAAUCAGUAAUAAAAUAUAAU